CUAAAAGAAGAACAAGAAUCCAUCUAACUUCAAACUGGCUACUCCAUUAGUUCAUUUCCCUCUCUUCAAUCUCAACUGCCCUCUAUAAAUCUCUCAGUUUCAGCUUAUUUACAUUCUCCCGAUGCCCAAAAUUUAUGUGUUUUUAGUGUUUUAGUCCGUACAGAGAAAAACCCUAACUUCAUUCCCAGGGCUCAAAGUUUCAAUCUUUUUAGGUUCCAAUUUGAGGGAAUUCGUCGAUUUGUGAAAUUUCGUGCGGGGGACAUGCAGGGAAUUCCUCCGCCUAUGCCCCGCACAGUGGGAGAUGUUUUCGAAGACUUCAAAGGCCGGAGGAGAGGCCUAGUGAAGGCGCUCACCACUGAUGUGGCCAAGCUGUAUCAGCAGUGUGAUCCUGAAAGGGAAAACUUGUGUUUAUACGGGUUUCCAAACGAGACAUGGGAAGUCAACCUUCCUGUGGAUGAGGUCCCAUCUGAACUUCCUGAACCAACACUGGGCAUUAACUUUGUUAGGGAUGGAAUGCAAUACGAGGAUUGGCUCCUGGCUGUGGCUGCUCACAGUGAUUCUUGGUUGCUUUCCACUGCAUUCUUCUUUGGUGCACGGUUUGGGUUUGGCAAGAGUGAAAGGAAGAGGCUAUUCCAGAUGAUUAACGAGCUACCAACACUAUUUGAAGUUGUAACAAGGGAAGCAAAACACGGCACAGUUGCUGAUCCCAACAGCUGCAUGAAAAGAACUUCUGGCAGAAAGACUGAAGUCCAACACAGGGAAGUAAAGAUGUCUCAACGUAAAGAGGCAGCAGGUGAGAAUGAGGAAGAGGAAGAAGAGGAAGAGGAAGAAGAAGAAGAAGAGGCACAAGGGGACACACCAUGUGGAGUUUGCGGGGAGUUUUACGCCGAGGGCGAAUUCUGGAUUUUGUGUGACAUGUGCGAGAGAUGGUUUCACGGGGAGUGCGUGAAGAUCACUGAGGCAAGGGCAAAGCACAUCAAGCAGUACAAGUGCCCCAGUUGCAGCAACAAGAGAGCUAGAGUGUAGAGCUGAAGAAGGUGAGUAGAGAACUUAAGAAAGAAGAAGAAGAAGUAUUUUGAUUGACAAAGCCAGAGGGGAAAAAUUAGAAUGUAAAGCUAAGUAAGUUAGAAUGUGUUUUGCUAAUUGGCUGUCAAGAAACUUGUCCAUGUUUGCAUUCUGCUGUGUCAAUAC